ACAAGUUACAGCGAACCUCAACCGCACUCUACAUUCCCCUCCAAACCUCCAGACACUUUACAGGCAAACUCACUGAGAAACUACCAAUUAUGGCUGUCCGCGCACAAUUCGAAAACUCCAACGAAGUUGGUGUCUUCUCUACACUUACAAACGCAUAUGCGAUUGUCGCAGUCGGCGCGAGUGAGAACUUCUACAGUGUCUUCGAAGCUGAACUACAAGACGUCAUUCCCAUUUGCCAUGCCACUAUUGCAGGAACUAGAAUAGUUGGCAGACUGACAGCUGGAAACAAGAAAGGCCUCCUCGUCCCCACCACAACUACCGACCAAGAACUCCAGCACCUUCGAAAUUCCAUACCCGACGAAGUUAAAAUCCAGAGAAUAGAAGAGCGUCUAUCAGCCCUCGGCAACGUAAUAUGUUGCAACGACCAUGUCGCACUUGUACACCCGGAUAUUGAGCGAGAGACGGAGGAGAUAAUAGCAGAUGUAUUGGGUGUUGAGGUUUUCAGGCAAACAAUCGCAGACAACGUCCUGACCGGUAGCUACAUGGCAUUAAGCAACCAGGGCGGUAUCGUGCACCCCAAGACGAGCAUUCAGGACCAAGACGAGCUGUCGAGUUUGCUACAGGUGCCUCUGGUGGCUGGUAGUGUGAACCGUGGUAGCGCUGUUGUCGGCGCGGGCAUGGUCGUCAACGACUGGAUGGCCGUGACUGGUCUUGAUACUACCGCGACCGAACUCUCAGUCGUCGAAUCUGUCUUCAGGUUGGGCGAGGGCAACGGUCCCGCCAACAUCAACACCACAAACAAGGACACCAUGGUGGAGUCUUUCUACUGAACGUGCUUUUACACGACUGUACGAAUUUUCUCAUUCUUUGCUGUCCAGGAGUAUGGCGCAUAGCGGCCUCUCGCACUCCGAGGCAUUCAAAAUGAAGCCCUAGGGGCACAGAAAAUGCGAGGAUAUAGGACGUCAAUCUUCUAGCCGCACUGGAAAGUAACCGUGUUUUGCUCAGUAUCUUUUGUGUGAGCAGCUGUCUGCUGUGCGUAGACAGCGCAUGCGCGUUUGCAUGGGCACUUUAGGAUGGAUACUGGAAGAUUGAAUCAAAUCAUAGUUGAUGCUGUAAA